AUGGCUCCCAUUUUCUUGCUGAUAUUAAUAUCAUGCUUGCCAAACAGCCCCUUAGCCAAUGCCCUUCACUCAUUCAAGAGGCUUCAGCUUCCCUCACCUGGCUGUGAAGCUUAUGCUUUUGAUUCAGACAAUGGUGGGCCUUACACAGGCCUUAAUGAUGGUAGGAUUGUGAAAUAUCAAGGCCCAAAUGCUGGCUUUGUAGAGUAUGCCACAACUUCGAAGGAGUUAUGUGAUGGGACUCAUGGAGAUAUGAGAAUCGGGCGGAUUUGCGGGAGGCCGUUGGAUAUGGAAUUCAACCACAAAACAGGGGAGCUUUACGUGGUCGACCUUUUCCGGGGGCUGAUGGUGGUGGCGCCCGGCGGCGGCGUGGCGGCUCCGGUUGCUAGCGGCGACGGCAUGCCGGUGGAUGGGCCGGACGCCAUAGCAAUUGACCCGAUGACGGACGAGGUUUAUUUCACCGAUAUUGGCACCAUCAUCUUCACAAACACUGGGGACACGAGCGGCAGACUACUCAAAUACGACCAGAAAAUAAAACUCCGUACGGUGGUCCUAACCGGGAUUGCGGGUCCGGCUGGCGUAGCAGUCAGCCAUGACGGCUCGUUUGUUCUAAUCGCGGAAUAUUUGGGCUGUCAAAUUACGAGGCUUUGGCUGAAGGGCCCGAAGGCCCGUACCAAGGAAGUUAUCACGCACCUCCCAGGAAACCCGGACAGCAUCAAGAGAACGAAAUCGGGCGAUUUUUGGGUGUCGGUCAAUAUUCAAAAAUUGCAUCCUAAGCUGACGAGUUUUCCCCUGGGUCAAAAAAUUAACCAGGAUGGUCGAAUUACUGAGACCGUAAAUUCUUUUACGGAGUAUAACGCAACUUAUGUUACUGAGGUGCACGAGCAUCUCGGGUCUUUGUAUGUGGCCUCGUUGGCUGUGUCGCUACCCAAAUCGAGCGCCAAGAUUGCGGUCUUCGACGAGUACCUCCAGAAGCAAGCCAACGAGUCGUACGCCGAGUCAUUAAAGGCAUUCAACCCUCAUCCGGAAGACCUAACCGACGAAUUCAACGAGCUAGCCACGAACCCCAUCGACCGAUGUUGGAGGUGCGACCGUAACUGGGCCAAGAACCGAAAGAAGCUCGCCGACUGCGCGCGCGGCUUCGGCCACGAAACCUUCGGAGGCAAAAACGGAAAGUACUACUUGGUCACAGACGCGUCAGACGACAGCGUGGACAACCCGCGUCCCGGAACCCUCCGCCACGCGGUCAUCCAGUCGAAGCCUCUAUGGAUCGUCUUCUCCCAUAGUAUGGUGAUUAAGCUCCGGCAAGAACUAAUCAUGACUAGCGACAAGACGAUCGACGGUCGAGGCGUGCAGGUUCACAUCGCGUACGGAGCCGGGAUCACGAUACAGUUCGUGCGCAACAUAAUCAUACACAACGUGUGGAUCCAUGACAUCGUGGUGGCCUCGGGUGGGAUGAUUCGAGACUCGGUUGGCCACGUGGGACUUCGAACGCAGAGCGACGGGGAUGCCAUCAGCAUCUACGGGUCGAGCCGCGUGUGGAUCGACCACGUGUCGCUAUCCAAGGGGGCCGACGGCCUCAUCGACGUGAUGUUGUUGGGGGCACACGACACGGAUGCGAAGGAUGCGAUCAUGCAGGUGACGAUCGCGUUCAACAGGUUCGGGAUCGGGUGCAUACAGAGAAUGCCACGUGUCAGGUGGGGAUUUGCCCACGUCGUGAACAACGACUACUCGCACUGGAAGUUGUAUGCCAUCGGAGGGAGCGCGCACCCAACAAUCAUCAGCCAAGGCAACAGGUUCAAGGCCGAUGAUUUCCAAUACAAGGAGGUGACGAAGAGAGAUUACGCGACGCCCGAGGAGUGGAAAAGGUGGCAAUGGCGGUCGGAAGGGGACUUGUUCACGAAUGGAGCCUUCUUUACCGAGUCGGGAGCGCCACUCGAGCACAAGAAGAGCCCGUUAACGCACCGGAACUUGAUCAAGUUCAAGCCCGGAUCGUACGUGGGCAGGCUCACGCGGUCUGCCGGGGCUAUCAAGUGCAAGAAGAACAUGCAUGAAGCAAAGAUGCAU